AUGGCGACCAUCAGGGUGGACAUGCUGCAGUGCCCGAGGUGCGGUGGCAUCAACUGCAGGCAGCGCAGCCCAGAGUCCGCGCCCACGGAGUGGCGGGCCUCAAACGCCAUGGCCACGAUCUCCAGGGCGAAAAAGCACCAGUGCAUGCUGCUGCUCCGCAAGGCGGUGCACAAGCGCGCGGGGAAGCUGAGCAUCGCGGCGGAGACCGCGGUGGCUGCCCUCGUGCCCAUCCUGAGCUCCAGCGACCGCGAGGAGCUGCUGCCCCUGCCGGCCCCGGCGUCCGACGGCCAGGGCAUCGACGUGGCGUCCGGGCAGGGGAGGGAAUUCUUCAUGCAGCUGCUGGAGCUGGCGCACAAGGUAGCCCCGCCAGCGCCGCCAGAGGAACAGUCGAAUUCCAAGCGGCCGAAGAACAUUGAGAAGACAACGAAAAGGCCAGAGCACGCGGGCAGGAAGCUCAACGAGGCUGUCUCAAACAGCAGGGAGACGCACUUGAGGCUGCCUGCGUCGGCCAUACCGCACGUACUCGCCGAGAGCCACUGCGAAGCAGCUCGCUGGUCUGCAGAAAUCGAGAAGGAGCUCAGGGCUCUGUCCAUCGCCCCGCUGGGACCGUUCGUCCAGGAUCUGCAGUACACCGUGGAGGAGGUCGGCAGUCGCAAGACGCAGGAGCCAGCCUCGUUCGACCCCCGAGUCCUGGUGGGGAUCUUGUCGCCGGAGGGCACUCCAUACUUGGAACGGCUGGGCGCCGAGGUCGCCAAAUUGACCGCCGGCCCUUCGGAGAAGAAGGAGGACAACAAGGAGGACAACCGCGAAGCUUUCCGCAAGGUGCCCCUUCUCUGCAAAGCCUUGGCGGGCGUGCUUGGCGGGCAGCCCAACGACAUCCUCGACGGCGGGCUGGCGGCGGGGGCCAGUCUACACGCCAUGACCACUGUGAAGCGCAGGUUGAUGGACAGGCUGCGGAGCGAGCGCGAGCAGAUGGACGCGGCCUGGUCGAGGCUGAGGGCCCACUUCGCCUUCCCCAACAACAGCUGCCCCCCGCGGAUGCUGCUCGCGACCCUCUUCUCCACGCGCGCCGUCCAGGACCUGGCCAGGCUCACCCAGCUCCAGGACGGCAAGGCGGAGAGCCUGGCUGCGGCGCUCGGCCUGCUGAUGCUUCGCAGCGUGCGCGUCGCCCAGCUGGAUCUCUGCGCGGCCCUCAGCCAGGAUGAUCUCCACGGCCAGUUCGUCGGCUGGCUCGUGCGCGCCCUCCGGUGCGCGUCGGACAGCCACGAGGCGUGGCCCCGCGUGGAGCAGCUCCUGGAGGCGAAGGCAGGGGCCGAGGGCAGGGAGGUGCUGAACAGGCUCCAGGAGCGGUGCGAGGUCGGGGAUGAGGACAAGGACGACCUGCACGCGCUCCUGGGCGAGCUGCUCCGCGCGGCGGAUGGCCUCUUCGACUCGCUGGGGGCCAGGCGCGUCCACGGGGAGUGGCAGUGCGGUUUUGCUUCUGUUCUGACGUCCGUAGCCUGCUGGUAG